ACAAACUGGUUUGGUCGGACCGCUUAAUAACUCAUUUGUGACAAAACUUGAUUGGUUUACUCUGCUGUAAAACAGUACUCUAAAACACACAUUAGUAUCGAAAUAUCAAAACGUUAAACAUAAAUAUUACGACAUCGGUCUGUUUUCGUUUUUUAACAAAUCACAAUGAAAACCGAGAUCAAUCGAAGAACUGUUGUUUUCCCCAACGGAAGGCGAAAUAUGAUCGAAGAUGCGAAAAGAGAGAAAGACUUGGGAUCCUCGCCUACCAGUCCCUCGAGUCAUGCGGAUAAUUUCGUAUUUGACGAAGAAGACGGAAAGACUAUCUUAAACUUAUUUUUCGCUCUGAGGAAUGCCAAAAACGAUGGAUUGUUGCGAACUGGAAAAAUCUUCGAGACCUGUGAUGCAAGGAUUCAUCACAUAGAAACGCGCCCAGCCAGAAUUUCCAAGAACAGCACUGAGGAUCUUGAAUUUUUUGUGAGAUGCGAAGUCCACGGAUCCGAUGUCAAUAUUUUAAUAAACUCUCUCAAAAAAUUGACGGACGAUGUCAGAAUCAAUAGAGACGAGAAAGUUCCAUGGUUUCCAAAAAAGAUACGAGAUUUGGACAAGUGUCAUCAUUUAAUCACCAAAUUUGAUCCUGAUAUGGAUGAUGGACACCCUGGGUACACUGACGCGGAAUACAAGAAAAGGAGAUCUGUUAUUACUGAGCUAGCGUUCACCUUCAAGCAUGGAGAUCUGCUACCGAAGAUUGAAUACUCCUGCGAAGAAGUUGCUACCUGGAGGGAAGUGUACCGUAAGCUCACUGAUAUUUACCCGACACACGCCUGUAAGCAGUACUUGGACACUUUCCGUCAGCUGGAGAGAUACUGUAGUUACAGAGAAGAUAAUAUUCCCCAGCUCCACGACGUGUCGAGAUUUCUAAAAGAAAAAACGGGAUUUCAGCUCCGGCCAGUUGCAGGACUUGUGUCAGCGAGAGAUUUUCUGGCGAGUUUGGCUUUCCGCGUCUUUCAGUGCACGCAGUAUAUACGACACCCCUCUUCACCGAUGCAUUCACCGGAACCAGAUUGCUGCCAUGAACUUUUGGGACACGUUCCAAUGUUAGCAGACAAAGAAUUCGCCCAGUUUUCACAGGAAAUUGGACUAGCAUCUUUGGGAGCUUCGGAUGAGGACAUUGAAAAACUUUCUACUCUUUAUUGGUUUACAGUUGAGUUUGGACUAUGCAAAGAAAAUGGAAUAAUUAAAGCUUAUGGAGCAGGUCUUCUUUCUUCAUAUGGAGAACUUGUGCACGCGCUGUCAAAUGAACCUGAAUACAAACCCUUUGAUCCUGAGGUCACAGCUAUUCAAACAUACCAGGACCAGACCUACCAGCCUGUUUAUUUUGUAUCUGAAAGCUUUGAAGAUGCAAAAGCCAAAUUACGGUAUUACUGCUCAAAGAUCAAGAAGCCAUUCUCAAUUUAUUAUGAUCCUUUCACCUGCAGCAUUGAGGUCCUUGAUAAACCCCAAAAAAUAAAGAAUACACUCUAUCAAAUCAGAGAGGAACUGAAGAAUCUUUGUUUUGCUCUUGAAAAGCUGAGCUAAGUCAUUACAAGGAUGUGAAGUAUUUUAAGUAUUGUCUUGUUCCAUUAUUGUCUUUAACUUUCAUAUGAAUGUGCAGUGUUACAUACAGUAUAUUGUGGGUUUUUUUAUGGUUUUUUUUUCCUACUGCCAAAUAUUGUAAUCAUUGUCUGGAGUUAUUCCAUAUUGCUCUGAAUUACAAACAACACUGUCCUAUACCCUAGAAUCAUCUUUGAUGAUCUCCCUAGCUAAACUUCACUUUUCCUGGUAAAGGAUUACCUGGCAAUGAGCUACCCAUUAAUCACUAAUCUUUUCAUGUUAGUCAGUGGGUCAGACAACCAAAUUUCUGAUGGAUGGAACCUCUGCCACACUCUGUCUGCAUUGUUGUCACAAUCUCAACUCCUGGGCAAGUGCAAAUGCUAACCUGUAGACCUACCUAGCUAAAGAGACA